GUUACUGUUAAUAGUCUUAGUAGAUCCUCCCCCGCGCCGCAUCGGCUCUACCACCAGUGCAGUGUAGGGCCAAGCGCGCAUGCGUAGUGCCGCUAAGAAUAUGUGACUGCGCAUGCGUAAUUAGUGUUCCGCGGCUUGAAAAAUGGGCGGAGGGGAGGUGUGGCAAAUAUCUCUCGUGGAUCAGGUGAUGACAGAGCUUUCCCCCCCUGCUGCUCCUCAGGAAGAAGGAGCAUCGUCGUGGACCUCUCUCUGCUGGGGACUGAGCGGGAGAAUGGCGGGAUAUCCGUACCUCACCUCCGCCCAUCUACGGGGUUUCGAUCGCUACAAGGUGAAGGCUUUCUGUGCCGUGGGAGGUAUCGUAACGUAGGUCGGGUGUGGCAGGUCUAACUACUAGCUCCUCAAGCGUAUCGCGCAGUGGACACCUCUCCCCUGUCUAUCUAUGUCAUCCAGCCAGCGUGGGACUUUAUGGUCUCGCUGUGUCCGCAGUGGGUGGCCCCCAACCUCAUCACCAUCACAGGCUGGCUCUUCAUCCUCUCCAACUUCCUCCUCCUCUCCUACUACGACUGGGACGUCACGGCAACCACCGGGAGCGGAACCUCAUUGGUCAGGUCUCCGAUCCCCCGGUGGGUGUGGUUCUAUUGUUCUGUUGGUCAUUACCUGGGGUAUGCUCUGGACGGGAUUGAUGGGAAGCAGGCUCGACGCACAAAGAGCAGCACACCUGUUGGAGAGUUAUUUGAUCAUGGUCUCGACAGCUGGGCGGCCAUCUUGCUCCCUGUGUGCCUCGCCUCAGUGUUUGGUCGAUGGCAUAUCUCAGCCAGCGACGACUUCUGGCCUUGUGUCUCUGUCCUCGGGGCUUUCUACGUCAGUCACUGGGAGAAGUACGUCACCGGGGUCAUGUACCUUCCCUGGCUCUAUGACAUCAUGCAGCUGGCGUGUGGGUUUUGUUACCUAGCAACGGGGAUCUGGGGGACAGGACUGUGGCAGUAUGAACUGUUGCCUGGUCUUCUCAUUCAGCAGCUGCUGGUGUGGGUUCUAGAACUAGCUUUUAUUGGAUCCUUCCCCAUGAGUUUAUGGAACAUCUACUGUCACUAUAGCAACAGAACGGACCCUCAUCCGAGGAGGUUGUCUCUGCUCCAGGCACUGUUGCCAUGGUCUGCAUUUGUCGUCAUGACGAUGUUAUUCUGGGUGUGGCAUCAGUUCUCACUGACAGAUAUUGUGGAGAAGGAGCCGAGGAUUUUCUACUUUGUCCUCGGAAUUGUCUUCUCCAACAUCUCUUGUCGACUGAUCAUCUCCCAGAUGUCUGACCAACCGUGUCAACUACUCAACCCUCUCUUUCUCCCUCUCCUCCUCUCCCUCUCCCUCUCCUUCCUCUACCAACACAUCGAGCUCAACAUUCUCUGGACAUAUUUCUUCAUUUCUUUAACUGCACAUCUCCACUAUGGAGUUUCAGUGGUCCAACAACUGUGCAGUCACUUCAAUAUCUACUGCUUCUCUCUACAAAAGAAACCUCAAUAACCAAUGACAUCAUAAGCAAUGACGUCAUUGAAAAUUAUGUCAUAGGUGAUGAAUUUUUUAGCUGGUGGUUAAAUUUAAUGACACGAAAAUUAUCUUUUUCAUUGACUUUUCCUAUUUAUAUACUUUAUUGAAUGAGUAAAGCACUAAUCCCAAACGUAGUGUAUAUACCUAAAAAUAGCACACGGAGAUUACAACAUUAUUAUACAGCCCU